AUGGAUCUUCCAUCAGCAAGCUUCUCCUUUUUCCUCCCGUCUAUUUACGAUGGCAACAAGCUCGAAUGCCGCAUUCAUCUCCCGCCCGCGCCUCAAAAUAUAGAAUCAGCAACGAGCUGGCCCAACCGCGGCGCCAUUGUCGCGCAUCCAUACGCAACUCUAGGAGGAUCCCACAAUGAUCCUGUCGUGAGUUUUAUCGGUAGUGAGCUUCUACAAGCCGGGUGCAUCGUGGGGACCUUUAAUUUUCGUGGAGCUGGUGACUCCGAGGGACGAACAAGUUGGACUGCAAAGCCCGAGCUUGGCGACUAUGUGUCGUUCUAUGGUUUCAUGUUGCAAUAUCUACACUUCCUCAAGCUCGCAUUGGCCCCGAGGGAGGAAGUAGGCCCCCAAAGGCCUCGCAAAACUUCCGACGAAGUCAAAGUAAGCUCAGACAUCCAUCUGAUCCUUGGUGGCUAUUCCUACGGGUCUUUGAUUGCCUCACAUGUACCGACCCUGGAUACUAUGCUCGAUCUUUUCCAAUACUCGUCAACGACAACCUCUACAAACACAUCAGAACCCAUAUACGGGAUCUGGAGCACAGCGAAACAGUUAACCGCAUUAUCCCUGGAGCAACUUCAAAUGAGUCACCGUUUGUCCGAUGCCCCAGACCUCCGUGCAUUGACGACAUCCAUCUCCUAUCUCCUCGUGUCCCCGCUAUUGCCCCCGAUCAGCCAACUACUGACUUUGUUCUCGACUUUAUCGCUCAAAGUAAAAAUAGGGACGCCUGAAGGUUCCCAUAUCCCCUGCGCGCGUCCAGCAGACCAACAAAGCACACACCACACUCUGGCACUGUUUGGAGACCAGGAUACCUUCACCUCCGUUGAGAAACUGGAAAGGUGGUCAGGCGAUAUGGUGCACAAGCCAUGCAGUCGGUUCCAAUUUCGGGUGAUCAAUGGGGCAGGUCAUUUCUGGCGCGAGAAUGGGGCCGAGGUGCGGGCAAGACGUGCGCUCCAGGAGUGGCUCCGUGAAAUUUGGUAA